CACACCCCCUUACACACACACACCGUUGCACACACUCCAUUACACACACACACACAUUCUAACGCCCCGUAACGCCGCUCACGCUGCAUUACAGGGCACACACCCCGUUGCACACUCACACGAUGAGCCCCAUCCCCCCCAUCCCACAGCGGCAGGUCACACACCCGCCGUUGCACACUUGACACGCGGUUACACGCGCACCGUCACACCCCGGCGGGGCCGUUACGCCGUUUUCCUUCCCCCCCCUCCCCGUGACGCCUCAAUUCAGCCCAACAUGGCGGAACCGGGACCGGCGGAACCGGGGCGGGCAGCGGCGCUGGAGCCGUCCCUACGUCUGUCCUCCGAGCGGUACCUGCGGGAGCGGCCGGAGGUGGCGAUGCUGCUGCGGGGGCUGCUGCGGCAGUUGAUGCUUCGUCGGCCUCGCAACGUCCUGGAGUUCGCUGCAGAGUAUUUCACGGACCCGGAGCUGCCACAGAGGAUUCGGGAGCAGCUGGAGACCUCAAGGCCACCGCAGUGAUGGUGACACCCUCCCCCGUGUGACACAAUGGUGACAAUGUGGUGCUCGUG